CAGCUGUUCACUGCGUCCGCUGUUUGCUUCUGUUCCUAUCUCUCCGUUUUCUUCUCGCCAGUUUAUUCCUUCUCCAAUUUACCUGCCAGCGACCCCUAAACUCGAAGGGUCGUCGAUGGAGGCUAUCGCCAAAGACGCGCUUGAACGCUGGCUUGCCACCCUAUCGAAGGCGGACCCCGAUGCUCGCCUCGGCGUUUCUUUUCGGAACCUCUGCGCGUAUGGCUUCACGUCGUCGACUGACUACCAGGCCACGGUCGGUAGCUAUGUACUCGCAGUUGUCGCGGUGCUGGGCAGGAUGCUGGGCUGGCGACGGCGGCGUAAGGUAGAUAUCCUACACGGGUUCGAUGGUCUUGUGCGCAGUGGCGAGAUGCUGUUGGUCUUGGGGAGGCCGGGAAGUGGGUGUACCACCAUGUUGAAAGCACUGGCUGGCGAUACGCAUGGAUUUCAUCUUUGUGCAGGGUCAGAUAUCAAUUAUCAAGGUAUCUCCUUCGACAGUCUGCAUCACGACUGCGAGGGUGCGGCCAUCUACCAGGCCGAGCUGGAUGUCCAUUUUCCAGAACUGACGUUGGGUCAAACUCUCGGCUUCGCUGCUGCUGCACGAACCGGCCGAAAGCAUGAAGGUUCCAGUCAAGACAGCAGCAGCAGCGAGUUCGAGUCCUUGCCGCCAAGCCAGCUCGCCGCAUCUAUUUUCGGCCUCGCAGGUUCGAUGCAAACCAUGAUGGGCAACGAAAUGAUGCGCGGCGUGUCAGGAGGCGAGAAGAAGCGCACCAGCAUCGCUGAGGCCUUCAUGGCCGGGGUUCCGAUCCAAGUUUGGGACAACACCACCCGUGGCCUGGACAGUCUGACGGCGCUCGAGGUCAUCACCACCCUUAAGCGCGCCGCCACCGUCCGCGGAGCUUCCGUCAUGGUCAGUGUGUACCAGGCCUCCCAAGCCAUCUACAGCCAAUUUGACAAGGUCACACUGCUCUACGAAGGCCGGCAGGUGUACUUUGGGCCGGUUGACCAAGCGGUGCGCUUCUUCGAGCGGCUUGGCUUUGACAAGUCGGAAAGACAUACGACGGCUGACUUCUUGACUUCACUUACCAAUCCCGCCGAGAGAGUCCAUGUGGUGAGGGACGGGUUUGAAGACAGAGUACCGCGGUCUGCUGCCGAGUUUGCUGAUGCCUGGACCAAGAGCCCUGAGAGGCAGGGGCUCAUAGACAGUAUUGCUGCAUACAAUGCUGAGUACCCCUUAGGGCAAGAGGCAGUGAGGCGGUAUCAUUCUUCUAAAGCCACAGCUUUGGGAUACAAUAGAACUUCGCCAUAUAGCAUCUCCACUUGGCGCCAAGUUUCAGUCUGCGUCCGGCGAGGCUUCAAUAGGCUUCGCAAUAACUACGUGCCCGUGGUAUCGGGUGUAAUUGGGAAUACCGUCGUUGCCAUCAUCAUUUCUAGCGUAUUUUACAGCCUAUCCGAGACAACUGACAGCUUUUACAGGCGAGCUGUUUUGAUCUUCUACAGCAUCGUCAUCAAUGCUGGCAUUAGCGCAUUUGAGGUCCUGACCAUGUGGGCAGCUCGCCCUAUCGUCGAAAAGCACCACAAGUACAAGUUCUACCACCCCUUCGUCGAGUCGACCGCAUCCAUGAUAUGUGACCUCCCCAAUAAAAUCUUCACCUCUAUCGGAUUCAAUUUGUCUAUUUACUUCAUGACUAAUCUACGGCGAACACCUGGUGGCUUUUUCACCUUUUAUCUCUUCUCUUUUACUUGUCUGGUCACCAUGUCCAUGUUUUUCCGUAUGGUGGGCUCCCUAUCUCGUACCAUAGAACAGUCCAUGGCCCCCGUCGCAAAUUUGAUGCUGCUUUUUAUCAUCUACGCUGGUUUCGUCAUUCCGGCCAAGUACAUGCACCCCUGGCUGGGCUGGAUCAGGUGGAUUAACCCGAUUGGAUACGCGUAUGAGAGCCUGAUGAUCAAUGAGUUCUGGGGUCGAAUGUACUCUUGCUCAACUAUGGUGCCUUCAGGUCCUGCGUACACCCAGGUGUCUCCCACGGAGCGCGUGUGCUCUGCCGUGGGAAGCAUACCUGGCGAAGACUAUGUGCGAGGCGAAAGAUACCUCGAAGUUCAGUAUGGCUAUGUUCAGUCUCAUCUUUGGAGAAACUUUGGUAUCUUGCUGGCAAUGAUGAUUGUGUUCUGCUUCAUUCAUCUUCUUGCCGUCGAGUUCAUACCUGCCCAGCGAUCAAAGGGCGAGAUCCUUCUCUUCCGCCGUGGCCAUACCGCCUCAGAUCGACUGGUUGUUGUUGGCGACGAAGAAAAAGCAAGCGCAGCCCCCGACGUACCAGUACGAUCGGAUGUAAAAGAAGAGACCGAGCUGGUGGCGGGUCACAAGUCUGGUAUCUUCGACAACUUGCAGAAGCAGACUGCUGUUUUCCACUGGGAUGACAUCAGUUAUGACAUCGAGGUAAAACAUGGGAAAAAGCGAAUCCUUGACGACGUGGAUGGCUGGGUGAAACCGGGAACAUUGACUGCACUAAUGGGAGCGACCGGAGCUGGCAAAACCACCCUUUUGGACGUACUAGCCUGCCGCACAUCCAUUGGUGUUGUUUCUGGGGCAGCUUACAUCGACGGAAGACCUCGAGACAGCAGUUUUCAGCGCAAGACGGGCUAUGUCCAGCAAUCCGAUAUUCACCUGCCCACUGCUACUGUGCGCGAGGCAUUGGCGUUCAGUGCCUUGCUUCGACAGCCAAGGUCUGCCACAAAAGUAGAAAAGUUGGAAUACGUCGAGCACGUCCUUAGGGCCCUGGACAUGGAACUAUAUGCAGAUGCUGUGGUUGGAGUCCCGGGAGAAGGGCUGAACGUCGAGCAACGUAAACGAUUAAGCAUUGCCAUAGAGAUGGCUGCGAAACCAGAACUCCUUCUCUUUCUUGACGAACCCACCUCGGGUCUAGACAGUCAAACCGCAUGGUCCAUCUGCACCUUGCUUCGUCGGCUGGCAGACAAUGGCCAGGCCAUCCUCUGCACAAUCCACCAGCCUUCUUCGCAGCUCUUUCAGAUGUUUGACCAACUGCUGCUCCUCGAGCGAGGUGGUCGUACCCUUUAUUUUGGCGAUAUCGGCCGUCAGGCUGUGGGACUGGUCCAGUACUUUGAAGAUCUCGGGGCAAGAAGCUGUGGCGAGGGAGAAAAUCCAGCAGAGUGGAUCCUGGACGUUACGGGAGCUAAUCGCACGUCGAAACCAGACAUUGACUGGUCUGUGAAAUGGCGCAAUGGUCCCCGGAGACGCGAGCUCAAGCGGCAGCUGGCCGAGAUGAAGGAGGAGCUCUCAGCCAAGCCGGACUCUCGACCAGCUCGACUGCAUGAUGAGUAUGCUGGAUCAUUGAUCUCUCAACUCCUUCUUGUCACCCACCGGAUAUUCCAAGAGUACUGGCGCGAUCCGGUCUAUCUGUACUCCAAAGUAGCCCUAUCUGCCGGCGUGGCCUUCUUCAACGGCUUCUCGCUCUUCAUGGCCCCACUUGACAUUCAAGGCAUCGUCAACAUCCUGUUUUCCAUUUUCCUGCUCACCUCUAUCUUCAACAAUGUCGACCAGCAGAUUAUACCGCGGUUCAUCCGCGGCCGGCAACUCUUCGAGGCCCGAGAACGGCCUUCGAAAACUUACUCGUGGGUCGCCUUCGUAGCCUCCAACGUGCUGGUGGAGUUAUUCUGGCAGACCGUUACGUCCGUUUUGUUGUUUGUCGUUUGGUACUAUCCCACCGGACUGUGGAGGAACGAAGACCCAUCGUUCUCCCGCACUGAAAGGGGAGGUUUGAUGUUUGGUCUGCUGUGGAUAUUUUGCCUUUUUAUGUCUACCCUCUCGCAAGCUAUCGCGGCGGGUAUUGAACACGCUGAGACGGCUGUUAAUAUGGCGCAGCUUGUCUCAUCGCUGUGGCUGAUAUUUUGCGGUGUUCUAGUACCGCCCUCACAACUCCCAGGCUUCUGGAUCUUCAUGUACCGCGUGGCGCCGCUGACCUACCUCGUCGGGGCCAUGACCUCAGCUAGCAUCGGGAACACGGUCAUGACCUGCUCACCGUACGAAUUGCUGCGUUUUGACGCGCCGCCGGGCCAGACGUGCGGUCAGUACAUGGCACAGUAUUUGAGCUAUCCGGGCGUUUCGGGGAGUCUGAUCAACCCGGACGCCACGGAACAAUGUCUGUAUUGUCCAUUGCGGCAGACGAACGCUUUCCUUGCAACUAUGGGUAUUGAUGUCGACGACCGCUGGCGUGAUUUUGGACUGCAGUUUGUCUAUGUGGCUUUCAAUAUUACGGCUACCUUUGUCUUGUACUGGCUUGUUAGGGUACCGAAGAAGAAAACGAAUACGGCUGGAUAUUGAUCAGACAGAUUUGGUUAGAUGGUCUAUGUAUUGUCGUGCACGCGAUAAAAAGCGGGGUCUAGUCUACAAUGGAACAAGUGGGAUAUACCGACAAUUAUCUACAUAUUCAAUAUAAUUUACAUCCACGAAGGAAACGACUGCUGAGACUAAAGAAAAUAGAUAUAAUCACCAGGGGCCUGGCGAUGGUUAGCAGCAUGCGUGCAUCGGCACCGAUAUCUAUCUGGGACAUAUAUACA